GUCUCCAGAAAACAAACGUGUUGUAUUAUAUGUAAAAUUAUUUUUGGAGGUCGAGUGUCAAAUCUCAUAAUGUCAGAAAGUAAAAACGAUAAAACAAAAGUCGAUUUAGGGCUAUUAGAGGAAGAUGAUGAAUUUGAAGAAUUCCCUGCAGAAGAUUGGACCGCAGUUGAUGAAGACAAUGAAGAUAUUAGUGUUUGGGAAGAUAAUUGGGACGAUGACGAUGUAGAAGAUGACUUUAACCAACAAUUAAGAGCACAGUUAGAAAAACAGAAGGCUCAAAAUAAGGGAAAAGAAUCAUAAUUAAAGUACCAAUUGGAUGUUGUUAUUCAUAAGAAUAAAUAUAUAUUGAUUUAUUAAGAGUUUGCGUACAUUUAAAUUUCAUAUACACACCCACGCACGCACACGCAUACACUGAUAAAUUUUUAUUAAUUGUGAAAUGUAAUAUCUUUUCAUAAACAUUUGUACAAAACUUAAAACAUUAAAUAUAAAUGUAUGUAGAGACUUCUAGUAUGUGUAAUGUACAUCAUACAACUCAUAAGAGUCAUGUCUUACUGAGAAAAAUACUUGGCACCCUAUUGUAAAUAUGUA